UUGAAUAGUGUUGGGUGUAAACAAAUCGAACUGAAUCAACGGCCUUUGUCGCUCUUAAAACAAGUUUGUAAAUUUUCCAUUGCAUCAGAUAAUUAAGUGUUAAUUGAUAAUUGCUAAUGUGCCUCAUAACAUAGUGGUUGUGUAGUGUUGUGCUAAACUUUGGAUUCCUGAUUCAUCGUGAGAAAUGGCCGACGACAGUUACGUGUUCAGUGUCACGAAAUACAUCGAAGAACAAAAACGCUUACUGGCUUUAGAACGUGAACGUUUUGCUGCGGAAAAGAUCCGACUACUAGAACCGGCCAAUGUGGAUUUACUUACGGUGGAUCGGAAUUCGGACAACGUAGAUACCGCGAAACAAAGCAAAGAUGAACAAAACUCGAUGAUUGUGCAGAGCAAUGCAGUUACAAAAAACAAUUUCGAUCCUUCGCAAUCCACUGUUACUGUCGGAAGCAAGGACCACAAAGAAUGUCCGGUUGAAACGUUACUCAAGUCAAAUGGUGAUGACGGUGGUCAAUUUAUGUUUUCCGCAAGUCCUGUCGCUAGCGAUGGUCACCGGAGACUAGUUCCAACUGACAAACAACGCACAUCGUCUAGUAAAGCACCUUCUCCGAUGCCGGAACAGCAGAAGCAACAGGAUGAAAUGGAACAGUGGGUUUCGGACACCUUCUAUUCGUACUUUCCCAGCUUCAACAAAAACGAAAACGAGAAGAAAUCGAUGCUUUCCCGCAACCGCCAAGCCGACUAUCAAGAAUAUCUGAAAAAUGUAAAUCACAUUGCUAAUGUGAUACCUCAAGUGAUGUCCAAACAUCAGCAGUACAUCGAGAAGUACGGUCAUCAAGCGGUGCAAACCACAAACGACAAGGAAACGAACACUUCCAACUCCAAACCGGUUGGUGCUUCCGGAAGUAAAAACUAUCUCAGUCCACCGCCGAGCUUCAGUCCGAACCAGAUACCAUCGAUCAGGAAAACGUUGGCCAACGACGGACACCCGGCUGGCAGCAAUUCGCACAUGCGCAAAGGUAGCCCGCGAGAAAAGUUAAUGCAAGAUUUGAACCAUACUGAUCUGUCUACCAUUAUCAAUACAGACACGAUCGACCGGCGGAACAGGAUGCUAGCGGAAGUAGGUCCCACCAAGUCCAUUACAAUCACUAACAACCCCACCGGCACUAACCGAACCAACAAGUCUUCUUUCGCUACUACGAAAUUCAUCCCAACUAACGAGCGGGGAACUUUACUGCUUGAUGAGGAAAGCCGAAGAAAGUUGGAGUACCAGAAAGAUCUGAUCAAGCAAAUCGAAGAAAAGCGGAAGGAAGUCGAACGGUUACGGGAGAAAGAGAAACUGGAGGAGGAAAUGCUAACCAGUCGCUUGGAACAACAGUUGAAAACUAUGCAGCUCGAGGAAGAACUGGAACGGGAGAAAUUACGCAGCGAGAAGAUUCGUAUGGCCAACGAACAGAACCACAUCCGCCGGUUGCAGCUACUUUCAAAGCUGGAGAACGAUCACAAAGUGUUCAAUCCACAUGAUGAGAAUCGCAAAACCCUGUCCGAGAAUGGGAAAGAAGCCUACGUGGACGCGGCUCAGCAGAAACCGGCUAAGGAAAAGGUUUAUCGUUAUUUCAGCAAUUCGGCGCAGAACGAAAAGCCAUCGAGUUUCACCUCGUCCAGUCUUUCGUCCGAAAUGGAUUACGAUUCUUCCAGUGAAUCCAUGGGCUACGACCGGUAUCAGUACUGCAAGAACUGCCGAGCCGAUAUUGAUCGAUCAUUUCUUCCACGAGCUCACGGUGGCCGGCAUCAUCAGCAUCACCAUCAUCACCAACAGCAGCAGCCUCCACAGAAAAAGUUAACCCCCAAGAUGACCCGUAAAAUUGAUGAACACUGUCUCAACUGCCACAAGCGGAUAGAAAAGCUCUGCGUGAAAUGUGAUCGUGUGUUGAAACGUUCUCUGUCGCAGAAUAUUUGCGCCAUCUGUCAGCAAGCUGUGGAGAAUAAACGCAUCCAAAAAGAAGCCCAACUGGAACUUAGAAGGCAACGUCAGAAACUACUUCGAUCGAUUGAACUGCUGAACGAUGAUGACGACGACGAAGAGUCACCUUUGAUGGAUGUUGAAAAUCCUCUACCACCUACUUCCGUUUCGCCACCAAAUCCGUACAAAAUCAUUGACAUUCAGUAUCACGAAAGCGACAACGACCAUGACCUGGCCGUUCUAAAUCCGGUUAUCGUUCGGAACAAUUACAAAAAACCCUACUCUCUCAACAUCGACAAGGACUCCAUCUUCCAUCCGAACAAGAAAACUCCGGAACCCAAAGUUUCCGUCAACAUUCGAAACGGGGAAGUGUUUGUCGACAACAAACUGAACCCGUCCGCCCGGGGAGAAGCAAAGCAAACGCCGGCUCCGUCACCACAGCACGACCCCGAAGAUCUGAGCACCGAUGAGAUGGACGACCGAAUCUCGAAAUACGUGAAACAUUACAACACCCUUUGGAUGAAACGAGGGAUGCGCAAAAAUAAUCUGAUAUCGCAGAAAAAUGCAAACCCCUCGUCGAACGCAGCCAGCAAACUAAGACCACUUCCAUCACUUUCACCGCCGAAAGUGUACGUAAGCGAUCGAGCCGAUAACCUCAAAAGUGAUGCGAUGAAGAUCACCGAGAAGAAGUGGGAUAUACCCGCCGUGGAAAGAACAAAAGUGUCACCAGGCUCACCGCGAGUGCUAACUCAGCUGGGCGCCAUCCGGAAGCAACUUCAGCUGGAACAACUGCACUUGGACUCAACCACUGAUUAAAUCUACCAAACUGACCAACGCAAGACAUUGUCUUUCGAGCUUACAACUGAAACCGUCCUAUCCUCCAAUAAUUAGACUGUACGAAAAAAUGUUUUUGUUUCGUUGAAAAUUGUUUCUAUUACUUCUAUGAAAACCAAUAGCCUAAGAGUAAUAAAUAAAGUGUAAACCCAUCGU